CGCCCAGCCUCGAGUUUCGGGGCGCCGCAGCGGGGUCCCCCCCUGAGCCGCGCCAUGGCCCUGAGAGCCAAGGGCGCCGCGGCGCUCGACUGUUUCGAGGUGACGCUGAAAUGCGAAGAGGGCGAGGACGAGGAGGAGGCCGUGGUGGUGGCCGUGAUCCCGCGGCCCGAGCCGAUGCUCCGAGUGACCCAACAGGAGAAGACCCCACCACCUAGGCCCAACCUGCUGGAGGCAAGUAGUGAAGGCUGUGAGGAACCCAAGCAGGAAGUGUCGUGGGAACAGGAGUUCCUGGUGGGCAGCAGCCCAGGAGGCAGUGGGCGGACGCUGUGCAUGGUGUGCGGAGCUGAGAUCCGGUCCCCAUCUGCAGACACCGCUCGUGCACACAUCCUGGAGCAACAUCCCCACACCCUAGACCUGAGUCCCUCUGAGAAAAGCAACAUCCUGGAAGCCUGGAGCGAGGGCCUGGCCCUUCUACAGGAUAGCCAAGUUGACCAGCCGUCCCUGCCCAGCCUAGAGUCAGGCCAGGAUGGCCAGCCAGACCCCAACUCCAACCCGGAGCCUGCCAGGAUGCCAGCAGAGAUCGUGGUCCUCUUGGACUCCGAGGAAAACCCGUCCCUCCCUAAGAGGAUUCGGCCCAGAGGACUCCGCCCCCUUGAGCUGCCUGCUCCCCCUGUCACAGAGCCAGGACCUAAGAAGGCCCGUGGUCAGAGGUGGAAGGAGUUCUCUGAGGAAGAGCCCAUCAGAAAGAAGAAAAGCAGGCACAUGACCAAAAACCUGGACCCUGACCCAGACCCCCCAACCCCCGAGUCACCCACAGAGACGUUUGCAGCACCAGCAGAGGUCCGACACUUCACUGAUGGCAGCUUCCCUCCUGGCUUCGUCCUCCAGCUCUUCUCUCACACACAGCUCAGGGCUGCAGAUAGCAAGGACUCUUCAAAAGAUGGCAAAGCAGCAGCGGAAGGCCUACCCCAGUCAGAAAGCCCCUCUUCAGCUCCCCCUCCGGGGCUUCGUGGGACACUGGAUCUUCAGGUUAUCCGUGUGCGGAUGGAGGAACCCCCUGCAGUCAGCCUCUUGCAGGACUGGUCCAAGCCCCCCCAGGGCACCAAGAGGGUGGGAGCAGGUGACAACCCAAACUGGCCCAGAGUUCUUUCAGAAUCCAGUGCCACCGUUAGGGGACUACCAGAGGCAGAAAGUGGGUUGUAAGUGUUGGCUUUUCUGGGAGGAAGGGAGGGUGGGAAGGGUGGGAGGAAGGGUGGGAGGGAGGAGGCACUGUCCCCCUUUGGCUUAACACUCAGAACUGACUGACUUAGCCACCCCAUGGGGAGUUUUAAAACCAGGUGCCAGGCAGGAUUGAGGGGAGGGGCAACAUCACUGUCACUUUGGGACACUAGAAAAUGCCCCUUGGCCAAACACAAGGCCAGGCCCUGAGGUAGACAGAAGUGGCUGAGGCUGUUGGGUGGUGCUGCGUUGGGCCUGUGGAGAACACCUUCCCCAAUCCUUCACUGACCCACCCUCUGACCCCACACCUCCUCCCUCUCAGCUCCCUACCAUUCUCCCCUGGCACAGUGCCUUACGCAGAGGUGGUCAUGACGGGGUUUGAACUGAGUCCCACUACCUCGGGGGGAUGCCUCUCCUCCCCCACUUGUUCUGGCUCCUACAACAGGAGGCCUCCAUUACCUCCUCCUGCCUUGUCCCUGCCAAGAACUCCCUCACUCUGCCCCUCACCCGUUGUCCUGUGCAUCCAUUGUCCUUUGUAUAUAUUGCCUUUGUUGACAAUAAAUUAUUUUUUUUUAAGA